UGGAAUCACUCCCUCUCGUCCAGCACACGUCCAACUUUGCAAAUUAGCAGCAAUGGCGUUUUCUACUUCAGUUUCCUUGCUUUGGGUAGCGACGGUUUGCUGUUUCGUCGUGAAUGCAGCCGAAGUAAAACAAUUCCUUCCUUCCGUUGCCAAUCGCCAAUCCAGGCAAAUGUUCUAUAUGCCUUCAUCGCUUUUUAAUUAUUACAAUCCCUAUGGAGCUCAGAUUACGUUGCCAAUAGCGCAAGGUCAAAUUCAACCCGAAUUCUUGUCAUCAGGCGGCCCAGAAUUAGUAUCAAUUGAAAGAAUAAUGAAUCCAAAUGAGGGCCUUACUUUAGCCCCAACAGCUACAGCGUGCCUCAUUGCCAGCGGCUACAGCAGCCCUUGUAUAGCGUCAUCCAGUGCGCCGACAGGAACUAUUUCUGUUACGUUUACUGCAGCUGCACAAACUGUUGCAGUGACCAUCUCGCCGAGUAAGCGUUUUUAUACCAGAGUGAAAUUCACCUGUAAUACCCUCACCGAUGUUGCUGGCUAUACGAAAACCGCCAAAUUGGCAGCAACGGGCGUUAAGGAAGUGAUUGAAAAUAAACCAGCCUUGUUGAUUGUGAGUUUACUUGACGCUACCAAGGCCUCCGGCUCGUUGAAAUGCAGUUGGUCCUCACUUUAAUCACUCGACGUGCUCCAGCAAGUAGCUAUACAACAUACCCGCUCAUACUUAUAUCUAUGCAUAGUGAAGCUCCGCUCGUCGUACAAUCAAAAUCAAGAGAACAAACAGCGAUGCAAUGUUGCCGUUGCUCUCGUUAUCGAUGGGCUUAUUUAAUUUUACGCUGACGUUAAAAUGUCGAUGUAAUA